UCACAUCAACACGUCACGGAGCUCAGAGAAUUGCUUUUCUCUCGCUCGGGGCGAGCGAGAGAGAGAGAGAGAGAGACAGAGAAGAAGCGAGGGAGAUGAAAAGACAGAGCGGGAGUUCGAAAAAAAGAAAAAAGAAAAGAAAGUAAAAAUAGAAAUAAUUGGCAUCCACUGAAGCUGGGAAGCAUUAAACCCCUUUCAAGCUACUCAGCCCUCUCAUCAGUCCUCACCUCCAAGCCCUAACCAAAUUCAAACUCCCUUCUCUCACGAAUUGCGAUGAUGGCCUUGCAAUCGCAGAAAUGCGUGGAGAACAGCACAAAAUUCGAAGCACCGGAGUUCUCGAGAAGAGAGAGCGUUAGGAUAAAGGAUAAGCGGAUAGCCGAGAAGGAGCUCCGGGUGCGUCAGAGAGUAGAGCUACUAAAUGAGCAGCCAGACGUUUCUGGGGAAGGAGGCAGACGAAAAAGAAUCAAACAUUGCUACUCAAGGAGGGCUUCCGUUAAAAAUGCGCACGGAGAGGUGGAGAAGAUCUCCGAGGGUUUCGGGGCAGGGGACAAGCCGAUGAAUCUGAGCUUGGAAGCGGAAAAUAGGGCUGUUAGUGAGAACGGUACAGCGAGUACACUUGAGAAGAGUGACUAUGCAAAGGUGAAGGAGACGCUGAGAGUGUUCAACAAGCACUAUCUCCAUUUCGUGCAGGAAGAGGAAAAACGGUGUGGCAAAGUGGAAGCUGAAAGGAAAGCCUCCAAAGCUUCAAAAUCUAAGAAACGGGUUGCACGAGAAGAGAAAAAUUCCAAACCCUCAAAAGGUUCAAAAUCUAAGAUACAGGCUGCACCAGAAGACACAAAGAACAGGACCAAGCGACCUGAUCUGAAGGCUGUAUCUAAGAUGAUGGAGGCUAAUGAAAUCUUGAACCCUGUGAAAAGAAUUGGUGAUGUUCCAGGAAUUAAGGUUGGGCAUCAGUUCUAUGCACGGGCUGAAAUGGUUGCUGUUGGUUUUCACAGUCACUGGCUGAACGGGAUUGAUUAUAUGGGGCAGAGUUACAGUAAAGGGGAGUAUAGGAACUACACGUUCCCAGUUGCAGUUGCCAUUGUUUUGUCCGGGAUGUAUGAAGAUGACCUUGAUAAUGCUGAUGAUGUUGUGUAUACUGGUCAAGGUGGACAUAAUUUAACUGGCAAUAAGCAUCAGAUCCAAGACCAAAAGAUGGAGCGUGGAAAUUUGGCACUCAAGAACUGUGUGGAGCAACAUGUGCCUGUUAGAGUCAUUCGUGGCCAUGAAUCUAAAAGCAGUUACACCGGUAAAGUUUACACAUAUGAUGGAUUGUACAAGGUUGUGAAGUACUGGGCAGAGAAGGGUCUUUCUGGAUUUACCGUGUUUAAGUAUUGCCUAAGGCGGCUUGAAGGGCAGCCACUAUUGACCACUAACCAGGUUCACUUUACUCGUGGGCGUGUACCUCAGUCUGUUUCAGAAAUACGUGGGUUGGUUUGCGAGGACAUCACUGGUGGUCAAGAGGUUCUUCCCAUUCCAGCUACUAAUUUGGUUGAUGAUCCACCUGUUGAACCCACAGGUUUCACGUAUUGCAAGUCUAUUCAAGUUGUGAAAAAUGUUCAGCUUCCCAAUAAUGCUUCUGGAUGCAAUUGCAAAGGAAUGUGUGUGGACCCCAAGACCUGUGGUUGUGCUAUGCUUAAUGGCUCUGACUUCCCUUAUGUAUCACGUGAUGGUGGAAGAUUAAUUGAAGCCAAGGAUGUUGUCUUCGAAUGUGGUCCAAAAUGUGGCUGCGGACCAGAUUGUGUGAACCGUACUUCUCAGAGAGGCCUGAAGUAUCGACUCGAGGUUUUCCGCACUCCAAAGAAAGGGUGGGCUGUUCGAUCUUGGGACUUCAUACCUUCUGGGGCACCAGUUUGUGAGUACACGGGAACACUUAUGCGGACUCAGGAUUUAGAUAGUGUCUCAGAGAAUAAUUAUAUUUUUGAGAUUGAUUGCUUGCAAACAAUGAGGGGCCUUGGUGGAAGAGAGAGGCGAUUUCGGGAUGUACCUGUACCAACAAGCAUUUCUGAACCAACAGUCAUUUCUUCAGACAGGCCUGAUGAUCUGAGAUCUGAAAAUGUACCAGAGUUUUGCAUUGAUGCAGGGUCCACUGGGAAUAUUGCGAGGUUUAUUAAUCACAGCUGUGAGCCUAAUCUUUUUGUCCAAUGUGUUUUGAGCUCACACCACGACAUCAAACUUGCUCGAGUAAUGCUAUUUGCGGCAGACAACAUACCUCCUUUGCAGGAGCUGACAUACGACUAUGGCUAUGCGCUUGAUAGUGUCUCUGGUCCGGAUGGAAAGAUACAACAGAUGGCCUGUUACUGUGGUGCAGCAGAUUGCAAGAAGCGCUUAUUCUAGGUGCUUAAUUCUGAUCAACACCUUACCUGUUGACAUCUUUUGGCCAAAUGAUGUUGGCCUGCACCAACAUUUUAGCGUGCACUGACCUUUGUUCACCGCCUUCAACUGAUGUUACCUUCUACAUCCUGAUUCCCUUGCAUCAGUUUGACUCCGUGGGUUCCCCUGGAGGUGCCUAUAAUAUAGUAAUUCUGUAACUGAAAGCAAUUGUUUGAUAUGUCAAUUUUUUUGGAAAUCAAUGAAAAGGCAUGAUAAUAAUUUAUAGUAAUGCGGUCACAUGUAGCAUGUUACUUUCA